AUGUCGUCCCAACAGCCAUCCCACCUUACCGAAAAGCAGUUCGUUGAUCCCACGCCUCUUCCUGACAACAUUCCCAAAGUCGACGAAGUUGGCGCUACAUCAGCACCCCUAAAGAGCGCGUCAUUCUUCAUUGGCCAAUACUGCAAAGCUUACAAUGACGACUUCAUGCUCUGCAAGGCUGAGAGCAACGAUCCUGAGCAUUGCCUUAAGGAAGGUCGCAAGGUGACCCGAUGUGCUAUUGACCUCAUCACAAAGCUGCGGGAGAACUGUGGCAAGGAAUUCGAUGCCCACUGGCAAUGUCUCGAGAACCACAACCAACAAUUCUACUCUUGCCGUAAGCCCGAGACCACCUUCAAUCAAUGUGUAUUCGAGAAGUUGGGCUUGGAGAAGAAGAUUCCUGGUUCCCCUGAAGGCCAAGAGCAAGUCCACGAAAAGAAGAACCCCGUCAUUAGAAACCAGUUCAAAUAA